AUGAAACACACACCAUGCAGAGGGCCCCUCCCACACACUGCAACAACCAAGACGACUCCGUUCGAUGCUCAAGCUGGUAUCCAAUGCACUCAGCAGACACAGUACAUCCGUGACAUUGCCAUGUUCAUGAGAUACAGCAUCAUGAGGACCAGAAUGAACAUUCCUUCACCGCUGUCCGAUCCCAAGUCGAAGACCUGCUGGUUGCGCUGUUGUGUCCUGCCCUCCCGGUCACUGGAGCCGCCUUUGUUAAAGUUCCCAGAGGAUCCUGGAGGCGGCGGGCUGUCCAUCUUCCCUAUAAUUAGUCAAAAGCAUUGCAUGUCUGGGCAAGGAUGUAACCACCAGCUCUCCAAUUUUAUCGCCAGCGCAAAGCAGUGCCAGUGA